GAAGAAAAGCGUCUCGAGAACAGCGAAAAACUAGGAAGACGCGCUGACUUCUGAAAGCUCCGUCUCGGCGCGUGCCACAAGCGACGGCGGUGACUCUACCGUGUUUACGGUGCUGAUCGUCCGCGCGCGGUAACGAUGGAAGGUUUGAACUCCGCCCAGGAGCAGCUCGAGACGCCGUCCUACACCGACAAUCUCAUCGGGACGCUGCUGGCUAUUUUUGGAAACCUGCUCGUCAGCAUCUCCGUGAGCGUCCAGAAACAGAGUCACGUGGCGCUCGCGGGCGCCAAGGGCGCGAGGCAGUGUUACGACACUGGGACGUGGUGGUGUGGCCUUGUGCUCAUGCUGGCGGGGGAGGGCGCGCUGUUUGCGGCCUACGCCUACGCCCCCCUGUCCGUCGUCGCCCCCCUCAGCGCCGUCUCCGUUAUAACUAGCAGCAUUCUGGGAUUUCUGUUUCUGAGAGAGAAGUGGAAGUUGAAGGAGUUUUUGAAGCGCUACAUUUUCACGUUCCUCGGUUGCAUUUUGACCAUGGGGGGCAUGUUCCUCUUUGUAAUGUUUGGACCCAACUCCCACGAACCGCUGAAUGCCGAAAACCUCGUGAAGCAUUUGAUUGGCUGGCCCUUCCUCCUCUACUUGUUGCUGGAGAUCAUCACGUUUUGCCUGGUGCUGUAUUUUUAUAAACAUCGCCACGCUCACUACCUGGCACUCAUUCUGCUGCUGGUAGCUCUCCUGGGCUCUGUGACUGUCAUCACGGUGAAGGCGGUGUCAGCGAUGCUGUUGCUGAGUGUGCAGGGGUCGCUCCAGUUCACCUACCCCAUCUUCUACGUCAUGCUGGUCUGCAUGGUGGCCACGGUGGUGUUUCAGGCCUCGUUUCUGACACAGGCGUCACAUUUAUAUGACUCCUCCCUUAUUGCCUGCGCCAACUAUGUCUUCUCCACGGUUUUUGCUAUUGGUGCAGGAGCCAUAUUCUAUCUGGAGUUCAACCAUGAGGAUGUCCUGCACAUCUGCAUGUUUCUACUGGGGUGUGCCCUGUGCUUCGUCGGAGUGUUCUUGAUCACCAAAAACAAGAAGAAAACCAAAGCGUUUGAGCCGUACGUGACGAUGGACAUGGUGAAAGCUAUUCCGCGGAUACACCAUGUGGGAUGCGCCGUGCAGCCGGACUACAACGGCUCCUUCUCCUACGGAGCUCUCGUGAACAACGACAGUGUGACCCCUGUGAACAUACCCGUGGUGAAGCAGGAGAACCUGGCAGUGACCCCAGGCCCUGGUCACCCGUAUCGGGCAGAGGAACUAAAGAAAGACUGACUGCACCCGUGACUCGACGAAGACUAACACUAAACUGAGACAGGAGUCACGCUUGAGGCGCUUAAGGCGAGCUGUUCUUCCGGAUUUUUCUGCGGCUGUUUCUCGAGUUCUAAACAAGUUUGCUCCAUCAGUUUGACCUUGAGCUAAAGUGCUUCCUGUCAGAAAGACUCAAGUCUCUGUUGUUGUGAAGGGUACGUUGUCUUGGCUUGUUUCUCGUCAAUGCAGCAGUGCUUUUAAUACUUAAGUACAUUGUAAACUGCUUAAUCUUAAGCCAUUAUAACUGACAGACAAUGGCUGCACUGAGAAAAUGGUGGGUGUAAAUUAUUACCCUGGAGUUUGAGUACUAGUCACAGACAUUUCAUUAUUUGAUGCGUCAUUCCACCCGAAAAAAAUCAUUUUGUGGCAUGUGAAUCAUGCUUAUUCUAGCUGGUUAAUGGAUGUUCUCCCAAAUCAGUCAUUCCCGGAUGACUUUCUCUAAAGGCUGUUCCGCACAGCUGUUCCCUCCCAAGCUCCGAGCGGGUACUCUGGAUCUGGAUCUUGCUGGUCCAGGGUCCGUCAACAUGGGCGGAGUAAACCUAAACACGGACCUGUGUGUGUGUCUGCUUCUUCUGUGGUGCACCAAGAUGCUCACAACUGUAGGUCUGGCCUUCCAAGAAUUUUGAGACUGCGCUGCGUCUCGGGUAGCAUGCUUCGUGCAGCGUCUGUGAUAUGUGCAUAAAAGAUCAAUGAAGAUCAGUAAGUCUGCAUCAGUAGGAAUAAGAUCUUUCUUUGGCCAGUGCAGAUGUUAACGUUUAGGUGCGCGAGCCUCUCUUAACGGCCUCCUCGCAGAGGUGCUCCAAUGUUCUCGACAGCUGAGCAGUUUUUCUGUGACUGGCACCUGCCCUGUCUGAAAAGGCUCGUUUGUGUCUGUGGUCUCAUGGUCCAAUCUUCACACAGUGACCAAAGAGAUGUUGUAUGUCACAUCGGUGUAAAUGUGAACCAUCUGGGUGACGGACAGCGUUAAUCAUGUACGCGUUUUACUGUUUUUUUUUCUGCUCCAGCGUUUCUGAUUCAGAAAGACUUCUGUCGUUUUGUGUUGUGGUUUGGGUUUUCAGAGCGAGCGAAGCUCUACACUGUGCUGUGGUGAGGCUUCUUCAGCGCUGGCAUUGCACUCCAGGUGCCAUUCACGUGGAUCUGACCAAUCAGAUGUCGGUAUACUGAUCUAACUGGUUCCCCUUUAGUACUCAGCUAAUCCUGGAUCACUGAUUUAUUUCUGUAUGUAUUAUCGUAAACAAAUGUAGCUUCCUGAUGAUGAAAUAAGCUUUUACAAAUGUCUUUAUAAGACUUAUGAAGGACUAAUGUGUGUGUCAGGAAUGAUUUCUGGAGUUCUUUAAUAAUGACCUUAUGCUGACAUAUUAGCCAUUGAUUGGUUGAUUGAUUUAGUUAUAAGACCAGACUCUGAGUGUGGGCUUGACAUCCUCACAUGUUUUAAAAGCCUUUAAAAUCCGAGUCAUAAACCUUCUUGUGCCUCUUGUGUACAAUACAUAAUUCAGACAUGUACAUUAAGCCACUAUAUUACACUAUAACGGUCAUGGGAGCUUUGGGGUACUUGGACCAAAACACGGAUCUCUCUUUUAUAAAGGGCUGUAGAAGGUUAGAGAUUGACUUUACAAUGCUCCAUUCUACAUAAAAAUAGAGUUCUCUGCACUUCUAAUAAAAUGACAGUGUCUAAA